AGUUCCUUUCGUGUCGCUGAGGGGGAAGGUUCAAUUUUGUGUAAAGCGCGGGAAAUGAAAUUACAUCAUGGAUUAAGAAAUGAAUGCGUUUGUUUCCUUAUAAGUAAAAUCAUUGAUAAAAUAUAUAAAAAUACAGAGAAUAAGGAAUAAUAAAUCGUUACCUAAUUAGAAUAUGUGACAGCUUUAUUACAGUUGACUCUAAACAGUUUUUGUUAUUGUUAUUGGUUAAUAUUAGUGACAUCUGUAACUUCGGUGAAAAAAUGGCAUUUAGUUCGUUGUCGCCGUCAAACAUGCUUGGCGAACUCGGCCGUCUCGCGAACUGGUUGAAAGGUGAUUGCGUUGCAUCUGACGAGUUUGCCGGUAUUUCUGUUACGGAAAAGUUGGAGAAUGUGCAGCUAUUGGAUAAAUACAACAUACGAAAUCCUUCGAAGGGCACCUUGUAUUUUGCAACUACACACCUCAUUUUCGUCGAUCAUGAGAUGAGGAAGGAGACAUGGAUACUCCUUAUGCACAUAUCAUCAGUAGAGCGUCUCCCAAUCACCACGACUGGUUCUCCGCUUUUGGUGCGCACGAAGACCUUCCAAUCAGUGUUUUUCGUGAUUCCGAGGGAGAGGGACUGCCACGAAAUGCACCAGACAUUAUUGCGACUUAGUCAACCAGUUCACAUAGAAGAGUUGUAUUGCUUCAAUUAUAAGUCAACUCCAGAUGAUCUGCCUAAGUCUGCGGGCUGGAACUUUUUCGACAUCCAGACAGAGUACCAGCGCAUGAACGUGCCCAACGAGCAUUGGGUUCUGUGCAAUGCAAAUAAAGACUAUGAGCUCUGUGACACAUACCCCAGCGAGGUGUACGUGCCGGCGCGAGCUUCCACCACGAUAUUAUUGGGCAGUGCCAGUUUCCGUUCGCGCGGUCGACUGCCCGUGCUGGCCUACUUGCACCACAACAAGGCGGCCAUUACGCGCUGCAGUCAGCCGCUCAGCGGAUUUUCGGCCAGAUGCAUGGAAGACGAACAAAUGCUCGAUCUUAUACGUCGGGCAAACCCCAACUGCGGGUACAUGUAUGUCGUAGAUACCAGACCCAGAAUCAACGCGAUGGUUAACCGCGCUGCGGGCAAGGGCUACGAAAAUGAGGCGUUUUACGAGAACAUCAAGUUUCAGUUCAUGGGCAUCGGAAACAUCCACGUCAUGAGGAAAAGCUUACAGAAGCUGGUUGAAACUUGUGAACAAAGUACUCCUUCGAUGUCGUCGUUCUUAUGCGGCUUGGAGUCAUCUGGCUGGUUGAAGCAUAUAAAGUCGAUCCUGGACACGUCGUGGUGGAUCGCGUGCGCCGUGGCGGGCGGCGCGAGCGUGUGCGUGCACUGCAGCGACGGCUGGGACCGCACGGCGCAGGCCUGCUCGCUGGCCGCGCUCUGCCUCGACCCCCACUACCGCACCAUCAACGGAUACCAGGCGCUGAUCGAGAAGGACUGGCUGUCGUUCGGGCACAAGUUCUCGUGCCGCUGCGGGCACGUGGCGAGCGACGGGCGCGAGCGCUCGCCCGUGUUCACGCAGCUGCUGGACUGCACCUGGCAGCUGCUGCGCCAGGCGCCCGAGGCAUUCCAAUUCAAUGAGCGGUUUCUGCUGACCCUACAUGACCAUGCGCACGCUUGUCAAUACGGCACAUUCAUUGGCAAUUGCGAGAAAGAUAGGAGAGAUCUAAGACUGUCAGAACGCACGUUCUCGCUGUGGGGCUACAUGGCGAGCCAUCUGAACGAGUACAAGAAUCCACUUUACAAUCCCAAAGCUCACCCCGAUAUCCUUAAGCCGGACCUUAGUGCGCAAAGUAUAAGGUUCUGGCGCGGCAUGUACUGCCGGCACGAGGGCGGCGUGCACCCGCGCGAGGCGCUGCACGACGUGCUGCCGGCCGCCGCGGACCACGCCGCCGCGCUGCACCACCAUGUCAACUACCUCGCUAAGAGAAUAUCAACGUUCAGGAAUCUUCUAUCGGGUAAGAAAGCAGAGAAGGGCAUAGAGUCGGCCGUCGUCAACUAUCAAAAUGGCAACAUUGAUACGGUCGACAUUGAAACGAAAACAGAAAACUUGCAAAUUGACAACAAACUGCUGUACGAGUCCGGUGGCGGCCUCUCGGAGCUAGAGUGCGCGAACCACGACCAUCCGCUCAAGGAAGGCCUCGUCACUGUCACCAAGCCCAACAACAUACCCCUGAUAACAGAGAGGGCGGUGGACUCGAUCCCAGCGAGUUUCUCGCAGCUAGAGAGCGAAGUGAACACGGUGGCGUUAGAUUGGAAAAGCGUCAAGAACGUGACCGAGUGCAGUUGUUCAACGCCCCUCGACCACUACAGUCGAAAGCAUCAUUGCUGGCGUUGCGGUCAAUGCGUGUGCACGCGCUGCGUGUACCGGCGCGCACCGCUGCCCGCGCUUGCCGCGCCGCGCCUCGCGCCACUCUGCGCUGCCUGCGCGUCCAACUCGCCCGAUAUAUUUUCACAGGCCAGUUAAAUAGUAAUAGUUAAUUAUAGAAUGAAUUAGUUAACUGGUAUAAAUGCUACAAAAUACUUUGAUGUAAUUGAAAAUUGUAAAUACGCUAUAGUCUGCUCAGUGCAUUUAUUUUAGUAAUUAAUAAAUGUAAAGACCAACAAAUAUAUUUUAAAAUUAUUUGGACUAAUCUGUUUUGUUUUAUAUUUUAUAACAGAUACGAGUAUGUGUAUAUUUAUGAAAUAUUGAAUAAUAAAAAUAAUAUCUGUUCCUUUUAGUAUUACUAAGUUAAACAUUGAUAAUGUUAUUGCCAUAUCACAGAUUAAAAAAAGAAUAAAUUAUUUAUAAUAGAACGUUUCAAAUUAUGCUGUUUAUUAUAUGUACACAAAAACUAUAUUGAAAAUAAUUAACAAUACGUGUAUCAUGAUAUUUUUCAGUAAUACAAAGUAUGUGUUUCAUUAAUCACAUCAUGAAUUGUACAGUUCCAGUACCCUUAUUUCAAAUUGUAAAUACUUUUUUAAAACUAUCAUUGUAUGAAUGUAUAAAUAAAUAAAUAAUUUAAGAUA